AUUCAGCACUCCGACUUCUCCUGCAGCUAGCCUCCAGUGACGCUCGCACUGAUCGAUUCCCUGAACCGAAAUUAUAUGGCACGUUCUUCUCGCAUGAAGCUGUGGCCGCAUUGCUUCCCAUGCUUCGACGACGACGACAGAUCAGGUAACAGGUUCACUGCCGCGUGCAACUUCUCCGAUGAUCUCCUACCAUCGCUUGGUGCUACCGCUCAACAGCCUCCUAAGCUCAGGAAAUACCUUGUCUCGCCCUAUGACCCGCGUUACAAGGUCUGGGAAACAUUUCUGAUCAUUCUGGUUGUUUACUCGGCGUGGAUUUGCCCGCUGGAGUUCGCGUUCCUGAGGUACCUUCCCAGCGCGCCUUUUGUCAUGGACGAUGUCGUCAACGGGUUUUUCGCCGUCGACAUCAUGCUUACUUUCUUCGUCCCGUUCGUGGACAAGAAGUCUUACCACCUUGUUAAUGAUCCAAAGAAAAUAGCAAUCAGAUACCUGUCGUCCUGGUUCCUCUUCGAUGUGUGCUCGACUGUUCCAUUCCACUCCAUCAGCCUGCUGUUCAACAAGCACGAGCAUGACCUCGGCUUCAAGUUUCUCAAUGUUCUCAGGCUCUGGCGGUUGCGUCGAGUCAGUUCGCUGUUCGCAAGGCUUGAGAAGGACAUCCGGUUCAACUACGCGGUGAUACGCUGCACAAAGCUCAUCUCGGUCACCCUCUUCGCGAUACACUGUGCCGGGUGCAUCAACUACCUGAUCGCCGACAGGUACCCUGACCCGAGGAGGACCUGGAUCGGCGCCGUGAUGCCCAACUUCAGGGAGGACGGGCUGUGGAUCCGGUACGUGACGGCCAUGUACUGGUCCAUCACGACGCUGACGACCACGGGCUACGGCGACCUGCACGCCGAGAACGCCAGGGAGAUGCUGUUCGGCAUCUGCUACAUGCUCUUCAACCUCUGGCUCACCUCCUACCUCAUCGGCAACAUGACCAACCUCGUCGUCCACAGCACCAGCCGCACCAGAGACUUUAGGGAUAUGGUUCAGUCCGCUUCAGAAUUCGCGGCGAGGAACCAGCUGCCGCAGCAGAUAGAGGAGCAGAUGCUGAACCACAUAUGCCUCCGGUACAAGACCGAGGGCCUGAAGCAACAAGAGAUGCUAGACAUCCUACCGAGGGCGAUGCGAGCCAGCAUUUCUCACUGCCUCUUCUUCCGGGUUGUUCAAGGAGCCUACCUGUUCAAGGGGGUUUCCUCAAGGUUCAUCCAGCAGUUGGUAACAGAGAUGCAAGCAGAAUACUUCUCCCCAAGGGAAAACAUCAUAUUGCAGAAUGACAGCCCAUCAGACCUGUAUCUUCUUGUAUCCGGAGCAGUAGACAUUCUGGUAUUACUAGACGGAGCGGAACAGGUUUACGGGAGAUCAGCUGAUGGAGAACUGCUAGGGGAGAUAGGUGUACUGUGUAACAAGCCACAGCCCUUCACCUGCCGGACGACCAAACUGUCUCAGAUUCUGAGGAUUAGUAGGUCCAAGCUGUUGGGUAUCAUCCAGGAGAACAGAGAAGAUGGCAACAUCAUCAGAAGCAACCUUCAGCAAGUAGAUAUCUAGAGAGCAUGCUCAACACAAGACAGAUGCAUGUAUGGGAAAAUAACAUUUGAGCUGACAUUAGCUAAUAGUUUCGGUACGAGACUCGAAAUGGUGAAGUCCUGAAGAUGGUCAUGUCCCUGUAUUCGGAGUUGACCAAAGAACAAAUCUUGUUCUCCUGGACCUUGAUACGAUUUUGCAUGUCAAAGAACCGUUCAGCGUGUAACCAGUGUGGCUUAAAAUGGGUGUGUAUAAAGAGCGAGAUAACUAAAAUAGAGAAAAAAAUAUUGUCAACAGAAAGUCCCGGAAGGGAGUGCAUAU